CGCCCCUGUCACCGAGGGGAGCGCGCGCUCGCCCACUCGCCGGAGGAGACGGCCCUGGACUCGGAGCCGCGCCGGCGGAACCAUGAGCUCCGGCCAGCAGCAGCCGCCGCCGCGGAGGGUCGCCAACGUGGGGUCCCUGCUGCUCACCCCGCAGGAGAACGAGUCCCUCUUCACCUUCCUCGGCAAGAAAUGUGUGACUAUGUCUUCAGCAGUGGUACAGUUAUAUGCAGCAGAUCGUAAUUGUAUGUGGUCAAAGAAGUGCAGUGGUGUUGCUUGUCUGGUUAAAGACAAUCCACAGAGAUCUUAUUUUUUAAGAAUAUUUGAUAUCAAGGAUGGGAAACUAUUGUGGGAGCAAGAACUAUACAAUAACUUUGUAUAUAAUAGUCCUAGAGGAUAUUUUCAUACAUUUGCUGGAGAUACUUGUCAAGUUGCUCUUAAUUUUGCCAAUGAAGAAGAAGCAAAAAAAUUUCGAAAAGCAGUUAUGGACUUGUUGGGCCGGCGACAGAGGAAAUCUGAGAAAAGACGAGACGCCCCUAAUGGUCCUAAUCUACCCAUGGCAACAGUUGACAUUAAAAAUCCAGAAAUCACAACCAAUAGAUUUUAUGGUCCACAAGUUAGCAACAUCUCCCAUACCAAAGAAAAGAAAAAAGGAAAAGCUAAAAAGAAGAGAUUAACCAAGGCAGAUAUUGGAACACCAAGCAAUUUCCAGCACAUUGGACAUGUUGGUUGGGAUCCAAAUACUGGCUUUGAUCUGAAUAAUUUGGAUCCAGAAUUGAAAAAUCUUUUUGAUAUGUGUGGAAUCUCAGAGGCACAACUUAAAGACAGAGAAACAUCAAAAGUCAUAUAUGACUUUAUUGAAAAAACGGGAGGUGUUGAAGCUGUUAAAAAUGAACUACGAAGGCAAGCACCACCACCUCCACCACCAUCGAGGGGAGGGCCUCCUCCCCCUCCUCCCCCUCCACACAGCUCAGGCCCUCCUCCCCCUCCUGCCAGAGGAAGAGGCGCUCCUCCUCCACCACCGCCUUCCAGAGCUCCCACAGCUGCACCUCCACCACCGCCUCCAUCCAGGCCAGGUGUAGGGGUCCCUCCACCGCCGCCAAACAGGAUGUAUCCUCCUCCACCUCCAGCCCUUCCCUCCUCAGCACCUUCGGGGCCUCCACCACCGCCUCCACCUCUGUCUGUGGCAGGGUCAGCAGCACCACCCCCACCGCCUCCGCCUCCACCACCACCUGGGCCACCACCUCCCCCUGGCCUCCCUUCUGAUGGUGACCAUCCAAUUCCAACUCCUUCAGGAAACAAAGCAGCUCUUUUAGAUCAAAUUAGAGAGGGUGCUCAGCUAAAAAAGGUGGAACAGAACAGUCGACCGGUGUCUUGCUCUGGGAGGGACGCACUUUUAGACCAGAUCCGACAGGGUAUUCAACUGAAAUCUGUAUCUGAUGGCCAAGAGUCUACACCACCAACACCUGCACCCACUUCAGGAAUUGUGGGGGCCUUAAUGGAGGUGAUGCAGAAAAGGAGCAAAGCCAUUCAUUCUUCAGAUGAAGAUGAGGAUGAAGAAGAAGAAGAAGAUUUUGAAGACGAUGAUGAGUGGGAAGAUUGAUCUAUAUAUUAUAUAUAUAUUUUUAAGGUGAAAUACUAAACACUACUUUCUGUCUAUGGAUUCUGUAAAAUUAUCAUGUAAAUGUUCUACCAAUUUGCUGUAUAUUUUUGUUGCCUUUUUUGCUUUUUUUUUAUUAAUCUGUGCAAUACCUCAUUUAAUCUGUAAAGGUUUGUCAUAAUCCUACAAAGCUACUCCCUGUUCUUGUGUGCAAGUUUACACCAGGAUGCUCACUUAAUUUGUGAAUAUUUUUCAUUCCAUCAACAAGGGAGUUUAAAUAUUAUAUGUGAGACUGACAAAAACCUUAAUGUAAUUUAGUUAUAAUGCCAGAAGGAAAACACUAUUUUCAUACCCUACUUUUUCUGUACCUAAAUUUUCUUAUUAAAAUCUAGUAUAGCACUACAUUCUUUUUAAGUGAUGCAAACCUUAGUUUAUUUAGCCCCUUUAUUUUGAACACAAUGCUAUAUGAAUGUUGAAGCUGAUACAUUGCACAGUUCUCUAGACAUCACUACACUGAUGUAGUUUCUCAAAUUUUAGCAAUAUGCUCUACAUAAAAUCACUACAGAAAUGCUAGGUAGGGAAAUCAGUAACACACCUCUUACAGCAAUAUUGCCUGUUAUAUAAAGCAGUGGCAUUUGGAGGCUGGUAUCAUUAGGAGCCCUUACAUACCUGUACUUGAUUGGCUCUUUUGGCAAAAAUUUAAAAAAUAUUUUUGGUAUUAUUCUGAAAUAAAUGUUAUUUAAAUUAUUGGACUUUGGGGAAUCUUGUGAAUAAUUUUCAUAUGAACUGAAAUCAACUAUAUUAUGGUUACUUCAGCCUUUGGUUAUGUAUAGUAUAAAAAUUAGAACAUUAUAAAAAUGAUAUCAGAUUAACAACUGUUAUUUUACAGUUUAUAUCAAUUGAGGUAUUCAAAAAUAGCAGCCAUAAGAAUCUAAUCUAAUGUUGAACCCAUUAUGCUUUUUUUUUAAUUUUUUUAUAAUUUCUUAAGGUUUUUGUCAAAUGUCAGGUGAAGGGUUACAUUUUUCUUAUAAGAUUGCUUUUCCCAAUGUCAAAUUUCUUGAAAAAAUGUAACUCAAUGACAGAUUUUUUAAAAAAUAGAAUAAAACUUUGCAACCUGUACAUUUGUUAUGCACAGAAAAAUGAUAUGUUAAAAUUAGGGUUUCCUUGCCUCUACAAUACACUAAUUGCCUAAAGGUGGUUUUCAUAUUUAUAACACUAAUUAUAAUACCUGCCUACUUUAAAUUUUAGAUAGAAAAGUUAUCUGAUUUAAAUGCAGACAUUUUUUUUCUCACAUUGAGUCAUGCAGAAUGUAGUUCCAAAUGUAUUUCAUUACUGUAGUCACAGUAUCCAACUAAAAAUUAAGCUCUCUAGAAUUAUACCGACCCAAAUCUAGUAUU